UUUCGUUUGAGUGUUGUGAUGCCAUUAGGGGACAACACUUCUAAGUGAAGACAUUCCAAAACAAAUUUGCAAAUUAACAAAAAAAUACAAAUGGGGAUUCAAGUAAAUGCUGGUUAUUUUAUUGGAUACUGGGAUGUAUAUUCCGGAGGAGCCACUAUUGUAAUAAGUUUACUGUUUAUGGCGAUCGGUGCAGCUAAUGGAGGAAAUCAAAUUAUCGAUGAUAGUAGUACAGUUGCUAUUGCAAUCGCGUUUUUAAUCAUCAUUUUAUAUUGUGCUAUUAUGGUUGCUGUUGCAGGGUUUCUUAUAAAAGGUAUGAAAAAUAAUAGACCAAUGCUAAUGAUCCCUUUUUUGGUGGUAACAUUUAUGAAAAUUGUUGCCUAUCUAUGUGGCAUUACUGCAACAUUUCUGUGGUCUGUGAAAGCUGAAACGCUGCGUCUUGUAUGUGCGAUCAAUAUAGUUAUUGAAAGUGUGAAAUUCGUAUUGAUAUACAACCUUUAUCGUAAUCUGAGGAAUGAAGAGCGAAUUGAUCCGGAAGCGAUUAUGCAGGUGGGAUUAAUAUACGAGAAGCUGCACGCAGAGAAAAAAUAUUUGUCGCUUUUGUUGGAACAAUCAUGUAUGUUUUUGUUCCAGCAAUUCAUUUGUUUUCUACAAACAUUGCAAUUGCAAAUCCAAAAACACAAUCUUUGCUCCAAACAUAAAAAACAAAAACAACUUUCCUAA